AUAACUAUAUUCACUCAAAAAAAUACUACUUUUCUCUUUAAAAGUUAAAUGAAAAUAUAUAAGUGCUUCUUUUCCUGAAGAUAAAUGUCACAGUUACAGGAAAAAAUAGCGGAAGCUGACAAUCUUUCAUUGUUGUCGUUUGGUCUAUCGAAUUCCAAGAUGGCGAACACUGCCCACCCUGGAUAUUGAGUGUAAUUUUACAAUAGCUCAUACUUUUUUCACGAGUGCAUUUGUUUUCGUGAAACCCACUUGUUCAUCAGAAACAAUGGAGUUACGCGUAGGAAAUAAAUACCGUCUUGGUCGCAAAAUAGGAAGCGGAUCUUUUGGCGAUAUAUAUUUGGGUACGAACAUUACCACAGGAGAAGAAGUUGCUAUUAAAUUAGAAUGCAUCAAAACUAAGCAUCCACAACUAUGCAUAGAAAGUAAAUUUUAUAAAAUGAUGCAAGGUGGAGUUGGAAUACCCACUAUCAAAUGGUGUGGUUCUGAAGGGGACUACAAUGUCAUGGUUAUGGAACUCCUGGGACCAAGUUUGGAAGACCUUUUUAAUUUUUGCAAUAGAAAAUUUAGCUUAAAGACUGUUUUAUUAUUAGCGGAUCAAUUAAUAACUAGAAUAGAUUACAUCCAUAGCAAAAACUUCAUUCAUAGAGAUAUUAAACCUGACAAUUUUUUAAUGGGACUUGGCAAGAAAGGCAAUUUAGUGUACAUAAUAGACUUUGGACUUGCAAAAAAAUAUCGUGAUUCUCGUACACAUCAGCAUAUUGCCUAUAGGGAAAACAAAAAUCUCACUGGCACUGCAAGAUAUGCUAGCAUCAACACACAUUUAGGAAUUGAGCAAAGUCGGAGAGAUGACUUAGAAUCUUUAGGUUAUGUAUUAAUGUACUUCAACCGUGGCAGCUUGCCUUGGCAAGGGCUACGAGCAGCUACAAAGAGGCAAAAGUACGAGAGAAUCAGUGAGAAAAAAAUGUCUACGCCCAUUGAGGAACUCUGCAGAACAUUCCCUUCGGAAUUCGCCACAUACUUAAAUUACUGCAGAUCCUUGCGGUUUGACGAGAAACCGGACUACUCAUAUUUACGGCAGCUACUAAGAAAUCUAUUUCAUCGUCAGGGAUUUACAUAUGAUUAUGUAUUUGACUGGAACAUGCUUAAAUUUGGUGGAAAUCGCAACCAGCAGGAGAUCCAGGAGGACCGAGAUCGUCGGGACCGCCACCACCAGCACACCAGCACCACUUCUCGGGGGGCCCUGCCCGCCCCCACGACGGCCAGCAGUAGCCGGCUGAGGGGGGCCCCCGACUCGGCCAGCCCCGCCACCGGCCGCUCACUGCCCCACCACCUGGUGGCAUCCUCCAACCUUGCCCCAGCCAUCUCCUCGGGCGGCGCGCCUGCGGCUUCCGCCGCCGCCAUGGUGGCUGCCUCCCAUGCCGCCGCCCCCCUGCCGUCCUCUGCCAUGCCAUGCAUGCGCUCGCGGACCCGAUCCACGCCCAGAGCGGGCAUUGCCGGUCACGAGACCGGCGCACAGAGAUGAUGACCGCCCGCCGCCCAGUGUGGUGCCGCCGACUAAAAUGUAUGAGUUGUAUAUCCAGGGAGGUUGCUAAUUUCACCUGCGGUGUAGACUCGCUUGUAUAGUCAACAACAAAACGUUUCCGAGGAGGUUGCCGACUCCGUGGCGAGAAAACGGCUCGGGAGCGAGCCGGAGUCGGAUCGCGGGAGGACGAGCGAGUUUAUAUUUUUUUCUUUUAGAUUGUAAGGUGCCAGUUCAAAACAAAAGCUUCCUUCGAACAAUCUUAGCUUCCUCAUUAGACGAUAAAAUGAAGUGACUAUCUUUGCAACUGUGUACAGCUCAUUAUUUGUAUUUCAUCAUUUGGCUUUUUAAGAAUUUGUUGGACAUUUUCAGUGUUUAUAACAUGUACAAAAUUCAGCGACUCAAACUCAGAUUCUGUGCCUGGUAGGUAGAGGGCACUAGGUCCAUUUAUAAAUAAUUCAGAAAGGUUUAAAACUUAUAUCAGAAAUAUUAAAAGUCCAAAGAUUAUAACCCCUAACUAACUUUCAUUUUUGUUUUAAUCUUUGUUUUACCUUAUUUAUUAUUUUACUAACAAUCCUAUGAACAAGCAUUCAAAAAAAAAAAAACUUUUAAAAUCAUCUUCUGGAUUAUUUCAUUUUUGUGGCAUAGUGCCCUUUACACCCCUGGCACAAAAUAAUGACCCGAAAAUAUCAAAAACAGGAAAGGUGAUUGUCAUUGCCCAUGUUAUUUUACUCUAACACCGUUGAGAAGAGGAUCUAUAAGUAGUAUAACCCUUAUUUUCUUACACCCCUUUCCCUUACUCUUGUGUAUAAGUAGAAUAGGAGCUAUAUGUUCAGUAUUUUUAAGUUUAUUUAUUGAUUAUUCCUCUUUUGAUAUGCAUAUGUAAAAAGAUUGUAUAAACAUGCUCGUCAUUUAAUUGUGUGUUGCAUUUUUACAGAUAGCAAAAAUUAUGAUGCUUAAAGAAACACAGUCAUUGUUUCAGCCCGGUUUUUAGCUGAUAAAACAUAGAGUGCUAAAUAUUUUUGUAUGUUUUUUCAGAGCAUUUUAUAAUGGCAACAAAAUUUCUAAAAUGUGCCCUAAAAUGUAAAUAUAAUACACCCUUUUUUGAAAAAUAUUUGUUUUUGCCAAGUGCAGCAUGUGUUCGCAUUUUUAUCAAAGCAAUCGAUUUAAUCUACUAACCUGGUCUUAUUUUUGUUUUUUUGAUUAAUUUCUAGCAAAGUUAUUCAUUUUAUUUCCUUAUUUUACAAUAAUGAAUUGGAUAGGUUUCUUAAUGAAGUAUUUUAUGAACAAAAUAUGUAUCAACAAAUUUCGGAAUUCUCUUUUCCUUUAAUUGCAAUUCAGACAGCAGUAACACCAUAUAUAUAUAUGUAUAUAUCAACAUUUCACACUUGUGGUGUUUUGUAAAUGAAACGGUAAAGUUUUUUUAGCGCUGCUUUCUGCAAAUUUUGUGUCUUACCUCAAAUUUGUAAAUGCGAUACUUUCUUUUAUAGCAAUAAACAUUUAACUCUUAAAUGUGUUCUUUUUUUUUCUGACCAAGUCUUUAAUUAACAAAUGAAAUAAAUUAAAAAAUUUUAAAUAAUAAUAAUGAAUAUUUCUGUAUAAUUGCCAAAGAUUUAAAAACAAGGGCAUUUUCUUAUAAAUUUGUUACUGACAAUUUAAAUUGAAACUAUGUCCUAUAGUUUUUGUUAAGUUAAAAUGUUUUCAGCAUUUGAAAUUAAUGCUUUUUUACAGUGUGUUAUGUUUGAAGAUGUAUUGCUCUAUCAAUGCAUCAUUUUAGAAAGAAAUUAAUACCUGGCACUGUAGUGUGGAGUGUUGAUUCAUAUUUUGCAAUACAUUACUCCGCUCAAAUGUUUACUUGAUAGUUCCCGCUAGUGACAUUGAUUUCAUGGAACUUAUUAAAAGCAGUUUUUUUGUCUUUUCCAACUGUCAAAUUGUAAUGAUUUUUUCGACUGUUGUUCUUUUUCAAAGUUUUUGUGAUUAAAUGAAAGAUUUAAAUCAGUAGAAAUGGCUGCUAAAUGAUUAAACUUGCUUAAUGUUCUCAAAGGCUCUCAGUUUAGAGUUUUGACAUGAUUUAAAAAAUCCAGGGCUGUUGAGAUUUUUUUCAAACCAGACUCAUCAAACUGGAUUACCAGGUUAAAAUGUUAAUCUCCAAAAACUCCCAAUUGAAAGUUUCUCAACACGGUUCAUGAUAAUGUUGAAUAUGUUUUAAAUGUUUCUAAUCUUUGUUUUAAGUGAUAAUUUAAUGUUCAAAUGUAUUUAAUGUUUCUAAACAACAUUUGGGGACUGUUUUUAAACAAUUAUCUUAAAAUACAGGCGUCCCUCGUGUAGCACGGUACUUCUACAACACGGUUUUGAUAUUACACAGUACCAAAUUUGGGAUUAUUAUAACACAGUUUCGAUAUCACACGGUUCAAAACUUGAAUUAAAUACUACACGGUUUUGAUGUAACUCGAAAGUUAUAUUUAAAAAAGAUGGGUUUUUAUUUUUGUUUAAUCUAUUCUGUUACUAGUUGAUAACUGUAAUAAGUUUUUACUUUGUUUUUAUGAAACUUGGUUUCAAUAUAACACGGUACACAUCCCUUGAUUUACAUUAUUUCUAAGUCUCAUAUAUCACGGUUUCGAUACUACACAGAACGAAUUAACCGUGUUAUACGAGGGACACACCCCUGUACCUUUUGAAAUUCCAUGCAAUUUUAAAUUUACAAAAUUUCAUCUUUUUAAAAAGGCAGCUGUUUUGAUGGAAGGUAAUUGUAUGCGGUUGAAAAUUUUAUUUAUUUUUUUGGUUAUAAUGUUGUGAUAAUAAAUUGUGCAUUCAUUUUUUUAAGUGGUCAUAAUAAUUCUAUACAUUAAUUGUUCCACUGAUAUCAAUACUGUAUCAUCAUCUUUGAUUUAAUCAAAUUUCUGUGUGUUCCUUAAUUGUUUAAAAUAAUAAAAAUGCUACACUAAGUGUAUUACAAUAUA